AUGAAGACCGCCGCUCUGCUCACCAUCCUAGCCGCCGGUGCCACCAGCGUCAGCGCUGCCGCCGUUGCCGCUGCUGAUGCUGAUACCCAGUGGUGCCAGUGGUACGGCCAGGCCUGCUGGAAGGUGAAGCGCACUGCCGAAGCCUUUGCCGAAGCUGUUGCCGAUGCUGGCGGCGUCUCUGGUGGACCCGAGACGUCCAUCUCUCGUCGCUCCAACGCUCCUGGCGGCCUCGCCGACCAGGUCAAGCGCGGUCUCGACGACCUCGCCGGCAUCAUCGCCUCUACACAGCGCAGCCCCGUCUCCUACUACGGCGGCCUCAACCUGGCCGGAGCCUUCCCAGCACCCACCGAGGUCACCAAGCGCGAGGCCGACGCCGAGGCUGAUGCUGAUGCCGACGCCAGUCCCGAGGCUGAGGCCCAGUGGUGCCAGUGGUAUGGACAGGCCUGCUGGAAGGUCAGACGUGCCGCCGAGGCCGUCGUCACCACCAUCGAGGGCUUCGGCAACGCCGAGUCCAAGCGCAGCUUCGAGCCCCUCGUCGCCGGCAAGCGUGAGGCCGGCCCGUCCGCUGACGCUGGCGCUGACGCCGGCGCUGAGCCUCAGUGGUGCCAGUGGUACGGCCAGGGCUGCUGGAAGCGCGACACUGCCAGCAUCGAGACCCGCUGCCACGCCCCCGACGGCGCCUGCUCCAGCGCUCGCCGCGACCUACACGGCAUCUACAACACCGCCCGCCAGGUCUUGGACUUGCUUCCAGCCCAAUAA